AUGACAGUCCGUGAAGCCCUGGAUCAAGCAAUGGAGGAGGGAAUGAGAAAGGGCAAACGUGUCUUCUUGCUCGGGGAAGACGUUGGUCUCCUGAACAAGUUUGGACCACAGCGAGUGGUUGAUACGCCGAUAACCGAGGCGGGGUUCGCCGGCCUAGCGGUCGGGGCCGCGACGGCUAGACUCGAGCCCGUUUGCGGGUUCAUGACUUUCAACUUUGCGAUGCAGGCGAGUUCCUUUUCUUUUCCAAUCGUCUGCGGAGGACCAAACGCUGCUGCGGCAGGAGUAGGAGCGCAACAUUCGCAGGAAGUUGUUGCAUGGUACGGCCGCAUACCGGGAUUGAAGGUCCGGCGCUUCACUGACCCGGUCCUUGUGCUGGGGAAUGAACUCAUGUACGGAGUACUUUUCGACGUCUCCGAUGACGUUGUCAAGGACAACUUUGUUCUACCGAUUGGAAAGGCAAAAGUGGAGCAUUCGAGGGCUGUCGGACAAAGCUUGAAAGUUGCCCAGGAAUUGGAAAGGCACGGCAUUGAAGUGGAGGUACCCGAUAUCAUCAAUCUGCGCUCUAUUCGUGCCUUGGAUAUUGAUACCAUCAUAAAACCACCCGUCAACAGGGUCACUGGAGCUGACGUUCCAACGCCAUAUGCAAAGAACCUGGAGUAUCUCACCUUUCCGCGCCCCGAAGUUAUCAGGAACCCCAUCUUAAAGACUCUGAACCAGAAAUGA